AUGCCGGAAUUCGGGCCCGGUUCGGAAGCGGUGAUGCUCGCGAGUUCGAACCCAACUCUGAUCGCGGACCUGCCCAUCGAGGCGCACGCGAUCGUGGGCGCGUUCACGGUCGCGGGGCUCGUGUUCUGGCUCUGGGGUCGGAAGUUCCUGAAGGCGGGGUUCGUGGUCUUCGGGCUGCUCGCGGGGGCGAUGGCGGGGUACGUCGCGACGGUGGGAUUCGGGCUGACGAUCAGCCCGGUCUUCCCGAUGGUGGUGCUCGGCGUCAUCGGGCUGCUGUUCGGGUGGAUGGCGUUCCGGUUCGCGGUCGCGGCGUCGAUGGGGACGCUUCUCACGAUCGCGGCGCCGCUGGUGGUGGUGCCGAUCGUGCUCGGGACGGUCCCCGAAAACGUGUCUCAGGGUGGUCCGCUUUCCAUUCAGGAGCUGCUUCAGGACGACGUGCCGAUCGUGAACGGCGAGCUGGAUACGGGCACGCAGAAGCUGAUCGACACGUUCACGAUCCCCGAGGAGAUCGAGCAGGCUGGCGAGGACGUCGUGAACGCGACGGACGCGCGGGUGCGAGACUUUUUGAAGCAGCUGUUCGUGGAGCUCGAGACGGAGUGGCUCAAGCUUCCGGUGGCGCACCGGGUAGGGAUGCUGGUCGGCGGGUUCCUGGCGUUCGUGACGGGAUUCGGGCUGGGGAUGCUGAUGCCGAAGUACGCCGCGGGGCUGCUGGCGUCGAGCGUGGGCGCGGGUGUGUGGCUGCCGGGCGUGGUGUGGCUAUUGCAGGCGAUGACGAUCGACGUGCGUCGCGUGGUGCCCGAGAGCACGAUCGUGUGGGUGUUCCUGUGGCUCGGAUUGGCGGUUAUCGGAGCUUUCUUCCAGUGGCGCAAGGGGAAGCGGUCGGCCGAUAAAGGAAGCUCGGAAUCGACUUCCUGA